AGUCAUAGCUUCUCCACCCAGCUAAGUUUAGCAAUUUUUGCAGAUUCCUAGAGGAUUUGCGUAAAUGAGCAUUGACUAAAGGAAAAUAAUUAUAUUAAACGCAAUUAAAGGAAACUUAGGGUAUACUCCUAAUAAAAUAUUGUCCAGUCUAGUAACUAUUAUGGAAGUCUGAAUUUUCGAGUGACCCACCAUGACUAAGCACUAGUAUUUCAGAGCUUUAUCAGGUAAAUAGGACUAUUUGUUUCCUCUGCAAUCUAAGAGCAGAAAUUUGCGGUAAAAGAAACAAAAUUUGAAGUAUAUUGAAUAUGUGUGAAUGCACCUGCACCUGCACCUGCACCUUGGAAGUAUCUGAAAGUUCUUGAAAAAGGAUUAUUCUGGUUUAUUGGAUAAAUUAUAUUCCACAAUGUCUCUAAUUCCUGAUAAAAGCAUGCUACCUUCAAGAUAUUUAUUCUGUUUAAUAACCAUUUCUGUUUUCCUUUUGAUAAUUUCUUCACUGUCCCUUCUUCAAUUUGCUGACAAUUCUUUCAUACCCAAAUCAGUUUUCAAUUUAAUUCUUGUUAAUACCACUUCAGUUUACUUGACCUCAAGUGUCACAAGUGGAGAAUCUAAAGCUCCUUUCUUGGUUCCUGAAAAUCCACAUGAACCAAUAAUGAAAAACCAAGAUUUAGCUUGUGAAACUUACAGUGGAUUAGGAAUUGGGAAAUCUUGUGGCCGAGAACAAGCUCUUCUUAAAGUGUAUAUGUAUGACUUACCACCUGAAUUUCACUUUGGGCUAUUAGGUUGGAAAGGAAGUAAGGAUGAAACAUGGCCUAGUAUUAGUAACCCGAGCCAAAUACCCUCGUACCCCGGUGGCUUAAAUUUACAGCAUAGCAUUGAAUAUUGGCUUACUCUUGACCUUCUAUCCUCAAACACCGCGAAUAUUAAUAGACCGUGCACUGCUGUCAGAGUGGUGAAUUCAAGUGAAGCGGAUGUAAUUUUUGUGCCCUUCUUUUCGUCGUUGAGUUACAAUAGGCAUUCUAAGGUUCAAGGGAAGGAAAGAUUCAGUCUCAAUAGAGUGCUGCAGGAUAAACUGGUGGAAUUUUUAAAAGGUGGAGAUGAGUGGAAGCAAAGGGGCGGAAAGGAUCAUGUGAUAGUAGCUCACCACCCCAAUAGUAUGUUGGAUGCAAGAAAGAAGCUUGGUUCUGCGAUGUUUGUACUUGCAGAUUUUGGAAGAUAUGGAGCCGAAAUAGCAAAUAUUGAAAAGGAUGUGAUUGCUCCUUACAAACAUAUGGUCCAGACGAUAAGUGCUGGGAACUCGCCCUCUUUCAGACAACGGGAUACAUUAGUUUACUUUCAAGGUGCAAUUUUUAGAAAAGAUGGUGGAGAGAUUCGUCAAGAAUUAUACUACCUUCUCAAAGAUGAAAAAGAUGUACACUUCACAUUUGGAAGUAUCCAAGCAAAUGGUGUUCGGGAUGCUGGAAAAGGAAUGGCCUCGUCAAAAUUCUGCCUAAAUAUUGCUGGAGACACUCCCUCUUCAAAUCGCCUGUUUGAUGCCAUUGCUAGUCACUGUGUUCCAGUAAUAAUUAGUGAUGAGAUUGAGCUCCCAUUCGAAGAUGUUCUUGAUUACUCGGAGUUUUGUGUGUUUGUCCAUUCAUCUGAUGCUGUAAAGAAGGGGUACCUUCUGAACUUUCUUAAAGGAAUGAAGGAAGAUCAGUGGACCAAAAUGUGGGAAAGGAUAAAGGUGCUCAGCAAACAUUUUGAAUAUCAAUAUCCAUCCCAAACUAAUGAUGCAGUGGAUAUGAUUUGGCAGGCUGUUUCAAGAAAGGUGUCAUCUAUACAUCUGAAGGAUCACCGGAACAACAGAUAUAAAAGGUCGCAGCUUUUCAUCAAAGACCAGAGUUAGUGAUUAUUUAUGUGAAAUUUCGAACAAUCAUCCUGUCCUUCUAGGACAUCAGAUGCCAGGUUGUGCUGGAUUCUCAAGUUUGUGGUGUGAGAAUGUUUUUGCUUUUUUGUAGCCAGUUUCCAGAACAAUUUGUUAAUUCUUUUUACGGAUAAUAGCAUUUUUGGUCCCUAAA